AUGCUGUCGAAAGGUCAAGAAGGGACUUUCCACGACCAAGGAGAAAGAGGUGGUGAGAUACGACUUAAAGUCGUCUCAGGGAGCCAGACUGUACCAGAAGAAAGACGACGGACUCCUGAUACCCUUGCAGUGGGAUUCUCCUUCCAAAAGGAGGCGAAAAUCGAGUCCAAGCUGCGACUCCCAAGUUCACCUCCUCGGCAGAGCGUCGACCUCCAAUCCUUCUCUCGCUUUGGAGUCCUCGUCUCCGGUGAGAUGGAGCCGUACCGACCGGACGUGGCAAAGGAGAGAACCCGAAUCGGGUCGGAACCGUGUUCACGCGACCAUUCGUCCCGCAAGUUUUCCCGAAUCCUCUCCGCUCUCACGGCUGCCUCCGCCCACGAACUGGCCGGCUCCGAGAACAGGAAUGCCGUCUCCCAGAUCGACCUACUCACGUUCCAAGCAACGGAAUUCAACGGAAUUCCGGUUCGGUACUCUUUUCCGCACCCGAAUGCCCUUCUGGCCGAUCGAAAUCUCAACAUUUGCCGCACGUUACAGAAAGACAGGUGGAAAUCGGUGACGGAUGUGGGAGCCACUGUUCGAGCCGAGGAAGCCAAAAGCGAAUCCGGAAGGAAGGAGAAAGACGAGACGAGGCAAGAGACGAGAGAAAGGAAAUCCAGCGAGGUUCAAUCUGGAUCCAAAUGCAUCAUCGAGACGCCCUGCUUCGGCAUCGUCAAGUGCAAGGCUUUUUCCUUCGACGCAGUCAACCCGGACCGGAAGACCCUCCUCGUGUCCGUGUUCGAGGCGGGGAUCGAGGGGAAGCACGAUGCCAUCGGGUCCGGUCAUCACACGUUCGGUCAGGGCAUCUGGCCGGAUGAUGGUCAGCACCUCAGUCUGCCCAUCUUGCCCUAUCGAAUGACGAUGACGGAAGGGCGAGGAGUGAUUCUUCUCUCUCUGUCGUAUCAGCCGUCGCGGAAUCGCCUGUCCGUCGUUGUCGUCCGGGCCAGAGAACUUCGCCUUCCGCCUACCAGACUAUCCAAAUCCCACGACAUUUACACGAAGGUGGAACUGUACUGUAAAGGCGAGCGAGUAGAGAAGAAGAAGAGCCGACCGGUGCGAGGAGAGCCGGACUGGAACGAGUCCUUCCAAUUUUACAUUCCACUGGGGCUAAUAGACCACAGCAGGAUUGUGGCGUGCGUGAAGGUGCAUGCGGUCCUCAAGCGGGAUCCGCUUCUUGGCUGUGCCGCCGUGGGACCUCUGCACUUCGACAUGAACGGGUCGCUGACUCACUGGGGCAAGGCCAUGGCGUCCCCGGCCAUCGUCACCAGGUGGCAUCACCUUUACCUCUGA